CGAUCUGGCAGCCCGGCUCUAGCUGUCACUAUGACAGCCUCUCGAUAGUUUCGUGCCAGCCCAUCGCUAUUCCUAUCGCCAGGCUCGUGAGAUUCUCGGCAGUUGAAAAUUUUUCGUCGUACUCUCGUAACAACAAAGCGACAAAUCGUCAGACAGCAGCAACAUGUCCGCCUACAAGCUGGAGACCGCCCCCUUCGACCCACGGUUCCCUAACCAGAACGUGACCCGCUACUGCUACCAGUCGUACAUCGACUUCCACCGCUGCCAGAAGAAGCGUGGCGAGGACUUCGCGCCCUGCAACUACUUCCAGAAGGUCUACAAGUCGAUGUGCCCCAACGCCUGGGUGGAGAAGUGGGACGACCAGCGCGAGAGCGGCACAUUCCCCGGCCGCAUCUAAGAUGCACCAGCAAACUAGUACCCAAACACACAGGACACGAUCGAUGGGCGGACGGAGGACGUAGUGGAGCGUGGCAACCAGAAUCCGGCAAUUGCAACAGAGCGUAGUUCGUGUUUGUGCUCAAUUCAUCAGCGAUGAAUGCAGACCAUCAUCGGCAAAUACAACAAAUACACAAAUGUUCAAUUAUUUGAAUUCUGAA